AUGCGCAUAUUCUGCCGUAAGGAACAGCUAGCUCGGGAAGAUGGCUGGAGCGUCUCUUCGUGUAUCUAGACAGGAGCUAAUCAACUGCUCCAUUCCGGCCUGGUACCCCGGAGUUCAAGAACCUUACAUUCAAGAGUGCAGUGUCUUCGUCCCUCUACCAGUGGAAUUCGUAGAGUACCUCAAGGCAGACGGCAUCGUUCUUCCUCAAGGAUGUUCCCUUUCAACUGACGAACACGAGACCGAACAACCAACUGGUUCUGAUGAUUCAGACGACGGUGAAGAAGAUUCCCACGAAGAUAAGGCGCCUGACUUCCCAGCCAUAGUAGAAAGGAUACAGACUGCUAUUGACACUCUCGGCGGCCGCGUGGUACCAAAACUCAACUGGUCCACCCCCAGAGAUGCCUCGUGGUUGUUGCCUGGCAACACCCUAGAGUGCAGGACGCCAGGCGAGGUCAUCUUGUUGCUGAAGUCCUCCGACUUUGCUGCACAUGACCUCAUCCAGUGUUUGAUGACUGUGUCGAUAAAGAGAGUUGUGAAGCAACUUCCACCGACUAUGUGCUGUGUCUAAGAAAAUGGACGGAGGUUCACCCUUCAACAGAGUUUAGAUGUUUCGUGCUCAACAAUUCGCUAAUCGGUAAAUGGUAUCAUAAGAGAUUCCAUUGUAAUGUCGUUGAUUAAAGGGGCUCCCCCCAACAGGGGUGUCCCAAAGAGAGUGUAGCAGCUGUUACAGUCACCUGGUGGCCCAUCAGGACCAGAUCAGACAAGAUGUAGCACAGUUCUUUCAGAACCAAAUCAGGAACAAAUUUCCUGACCCUAGCUAUGUCUUUGAUGUGUGGAGAGCAAGUGAGGCAAACAUCCGGUUGGUUGAUUUCAACCCGUUCUGCACCAAAACAGACUCCCUGCUGUUUUCAUGGGAGGAGUUGGUCAGUGGGAGUGGCACCAGUGAAGGGGAAACCCCUGCAAUAAAUCCAGUAAUUAGAGUCGUCGAGGACAACGGUGCCAUUCGGCCACACGACUUGCAAGAGUAUCGCUACCCUCAGGAUGCUCUUGACUUGGCAAGAGGAGAGGACAUCACAAGAUGGUAGACUUUCUCAAACUGAGAGAAGACGAAGAGAGCGAUGAAUCAACAUAAUAAGACAGUCCAAAAACUUUUUUCAAUGCACGAUUUCAUCAUACAUUCCCAUACUCUUUCUUUGGUAUGUACAAAAGUACAAAAAGUACCAAAAAAACGAGGCACUAUAAUUUCCCAAA